UCGUUGUCUGAGUUAAUCAAGGAAACCAUUACGCGACUGUUGACACGACGAUAUUAAUCAUAGAGCGAGAGAAAAUAACUUUAAUUUUCAUGUUGUCAGUACAGAGCGUGGGGGAAAUAAGGGUCGCAGACGACGCCGAUUUUCGUCGUUUAAAAAGUCUGAGCGAUGAUAACAAUGACUGGAAACAGGAAUACCAAAAGGGGACAACAACUGUGUGGACUAAAACCAACGAUGUCUCAAACUUUAAAAUUAUCAAGGUGAGGACUCUAUUUGAUGAUAUUGGGGGAGAUGUAUUGUAUGAUGUUCUACACGACCCAGAGUACAGGAAAACUUGGGACCACUCUAUGGUAGAGGGAUAUGAGAUAUGUGCAAUUAACCCCAACAAUGAUAUCGGCUAUUAUGCAUUACGAAGCCCACCACCUUUAAAGAACAGAGACUUCGUUACACAAAGAUCUUGGCUUGAUACCGGGGCAGAGAAAUGGAUUAUCAACCAUUCUGUGAACCAUGAAGCGUGCCCACCAAAGAAAGGCUUCAUUCGAGGUAUUUCCUACCUCACUGGGUACCUGAUACGCCAGAUCGGGGACAAAGUGCAGUUCACAUAUGUAUCACAGUCUGACCCUAGAGGAAAACUACCGGUCUGGGUUGUGAACAAAGCAACAAAAAUUCUUGCACCAAAGAUUAUAUCCAGGAUUCACAAGGCAUGCAAAGGUUACCCGGCAUGGAAACAGAAGAACAGACCGCAUAUGAAGCCCUGGAUAUUCCCUGAGCAGAUGACUUUGCCCCGACUGGACAUGACACAAAUCAAGCCUCUCACAUCGGGGGUAUCAUGUGAAUCGCUUGACGAGAGCAGCAUCAACGAAGAUGAAGCCGCAGUAGAGGAUUACAUCAAUGAUUAAUGACUGGUGUUAGCUUUAGUCUUUUUUGUCCCUUUUGGGACUAUUUUCUCUCUCUUUCUGGUGCAAGUGUAAGUUGUAGGAUUGCUUAAGUACCACCAUGAUUGUGUGGAUUUUUAAUGUUCAGUAUUGCUGGUAUUUGUUUAUUGCUACGUGUAAUGUAUUGUUUGAGGAAAGUUUUUUAUUAAGGUAGAAUUGAUUUGGUAGAAAAUAGGUUCAUAUCAUGGUUACGGGUCAUGUUUGAAGAUGGACUUAAUGACUCAUCAGAUGUCAAAUGUGGAAGAAAGGGGUAUGGUUAACUUGUUAAAUGCAGGUAAGUAUAUUUGUUCUUGAGAGAAUGAGCGUUACAACUUUAUUUUGGAUGCUUUAUUUAAAUUAAACUACUUUUUAUGUCCCCCAUCACUAUAGUGGGGGACAUAAUUAUGGUUUUUGCCCUGUCUGUUGGUUGGUUCGUGUGUUUGUUUGUGCAAACUUUAACAUUUGCAAUAACUUUUGCAAUAUUGAAGAUAGCAACUUCAUAUUUGGCAUGCAUGUGUAUCUCAUAGAGCUGCACAUUUUGAGUGGUGAAAGGUCAAGGUCAUCAUUCAAGGUCAUCAUUCAAGGUCAAAAGUCAAAUAUAUGGGGACAUAGUGUUUCUCAAACACAUCGCUUGUUUUUCUCUGAAAAUAUGUAUGAAUAGUUUUCUAGAUUGAAAUUUACUGUAGGCAAAUUACCCUUUACUUUAUUUAAAACAUACUUAUAUUGUCUGUAUGUUGCUAAAAAGGAAACAGCAGCAAACAGCCAAUCAUUCCAUUUGUGUAGACCUCAAGUGUCUUAUAAGGCUAAUAGCAAAGAAAAUCCUGUCAGUCAGUUUGUUUUCGUUUUAAGGAUAUUAUUUUAUUUCACAGACUCAGACUUAAGCAUAAUAUCAUUUAUUCCACACAUUGUGUUCUCCUGAUAAUAUUAGGUGCUGUAUAAUUGUUUAAAUUGAUUUUUUAUUAUACAAAAUGGGUUUUUGUGCCAUGGUAUAUGCUCAGUUUCCAUUUUUCCAAUGAGAAAUACUGCCGAACCAUGGUGCUUCACUUCACUUUUUUCUGCUUCUGGUCAAUAUGGAUGUCAUGCUCUUUUUAGCUCACCUGAGCACAACGUGCUCAUGGUGAGCUUUUGUGAUCGCUUUUUGUCUGCCCUGCGUCGUGUGUGGUGAGCCGUCAACAUUUGCCUUGUUAACGCUCUAGAGGCCACAUUUAUUGUCCAAUCUUCAUGAAAUUUGGUCAGAAGAUUGGUCUCAAUGAUAUCUUGGAUGAGUUCCAAAAUGGUUACCUUUGCUUGAAAAACAUGGCUGCCAAGGGGCGGGGCAUUUUUCCUUAUAUGGCUAUAUAUGGCUAUAGUAAAUUCUUGUUAACACUCUAGAGGCCACAUUUAUAGUCCGAUCUUCAUGAAACUUGGUCAGAAGAUUCAUUCCGAUAAUAUCUUGGACGAGUUUGAAAAUGAUGCCGGUUCAUUGUAAAACAUGACCGCCAGGGGGAGGGGCAUUUUUUUCUUAUAAGGCUAUAGGUAAACCUUGUUAACACUCUAGAAGCCAUAUUUAAUUUCAGAUCUUCAUGAAACUUGGUCAGAAGAUUUGUCCCAAUAAUAUCGUGUUAUCUCAGGUGAGCGACUUUGGACCUUCCAGGCCCUCUUGUUUAUGGUAAACAAUAACAACUGAAGUGGUUUUAUUUUAUUGUACCAAUAAGUACAAUGUAUAAGUAGUUUUAUGCAAGUGGAUCAACAAAGAACAUUCUGUUGUGUUUUCCCGAUUGAAUAGACUAUAUGUAUCCAUAUUUGGAAAGUGAUUGACUCUUGUUAUAUUGUAUGUUUUUUACUCUGAAAAAAGUCGUCCACACGCUAUGUGAUUGGUCGUGUGACAUGUAACACUAUUGGUCCAACAUUGAUUGAGUGGCCUCAUGCAAAAAUGAGUUUAUACCAUAUGCAGCAAGCAUAACUCCAGAUCAGCCUGUGCAUUCUGGCAAGCAGUUACCCUGUCCUCAAAUACCAUAUGCAGCAAGCAUAACUCCAGAUCAGCCUGUGCAUUCUGGCAAGCAGUUACCCUGUCCUCAAAUGAGACCACAAAACAUUGAGUGACUUUUUUAGCAGAAGGCGUAGCGCCGUUCCAGACAUGAAAAUCGCACAGUAGAUCAACAGAGAAGAAAUAACUCUACAUCAAUCUUGAUUUAUUAACCAUUACUUUCUCCUGUGCUAAUAGUUGUCUUUAAACUCAGCUAUCAGUUCUAUUACCUGUUACUUUCAUGAACUAUACAACUUAUACAAGGUUAGUGAAAAGUGGACCACAAACUUUGUGCAUUUUUUAAUGUGUAAAUGGACAUUCCAGAUUUGAUAUUUGUUGUGAUUAGCUAUUUAUUUAGUGUGGUACGGACAUGUCUUAAAUGGCAAUACACAUGUUUGACAAAGCAAACAUUGCAAUUUAAUGAUAUGCUUCUUGUUUUAAAGUCUUCCCAUUUUUGGGGGCUUGUUAUUUUCAUGAAUUUAUUGAACUUUUGAAAUUGUAUUGUUUUAUAGUUUACGCUGUAUUUCUCUUUUCCUCUUGUUGAUCAAGUACACUUGUUCAAGUAUCGGUAUGUUUAUUGAUAACUGAGUAUUACUGGUAUUCCUGUCUGACAUUAUUCCUAAGAUCAAACUGAGAGGAGUUAUAACAUUAAAACAAUGACUAUUCCAGAUUUUUGGAACUUCAUAUCAAAACAAAACACAUGUUCAGAGCUCUUUUAAUAAAUACAUGACUGUAGUUUAGUGUUCAUUUUAUAUAUGCAGUGAUACAGUCAUGUUAAUCAUGUAGAAAUCUGUCAAUUGAUUGAAAUUAAGCAUUUAUAUAAAUUUGUAUGGUGAUUUUCGAAUAGUACAUGUAUUCUGUUAUUACCUCUACAAUGAGGUAAUAUCUAGACAUUAAUUUUACAUUUACAGGUUGGGAGGUGGUGGAUAAAAUGAUUAAAUAUUUGCUGCGAGUGGGAAUAUGCUUCAAAAUUGCCAUCAGUAUACUAUUAAAAAAACUAAAUACCAUUUUAUAUCCAUUAAACUAUACUCAAUAUUUUUUUAAAUCUAUAAUAUGUAUUUUGGUUCGAGUUUUUGCUGUACAUGGAAUAUUUUAGUAUAGUAAUUAUUUAAACAACAGUAUCUGCCUUGUUUUACCAUCGAUUUUCCAUUUGCAUUAUCAGGUGACUUAACACUAGCAUAUUCAAAUGACCAUUAGCAAUUUAAAUCCAUGUGCACAUUUAUCAAACAGUAAUAAUUGUUAUAUAUUCUUUUGACAAUAAGGCAGAAAUCUUAACAGAAAACAGCUGAAAAUGUAUAAGUUGAAAGUCUGUCAGAUUAAAAAAAAACUGGUUGUUUUGUCUAUUCAAUUUGGUUAAGCUUACAUAUUUAAUUUCAUAGACUUUUGAUUUUUUGUUAAACAAUUAAUUGUGCAAAAGUUGUAGCAUCUAAUAAGCUGAAUGUGUUUGAGAGAGUUGUUCAACAAGUAGGUAAAGAAAACUGUUAUAAGUGUUUCCUUGCACUCUUCUCUGGUUAUAUAAAAAUGGAAUACAAAUAUAUACGUGUCUAUUGUUCUUGAUCGCUCCAUAGUUUGGGAACACAAUUUUGUGGAACAACUUAUCAAUUUUUUGUGGCCUUAUUUGUGAUACCAGCAGAUGAAAUCCACCCUGGUUACAAUUCACUUUGAUUUCCAUUCUCCUACAUAUAGUUGUUAUCACCUUAUCCAUACUGGCAUAUACAAAGAUUGUACCAUGACAAAGAGCAAAACAGAUCUGUAUUAUAUGUAAUUAAUAUGAGCAUAUAUUUAUAUUAUUUAUUAUUUUCUGCCUGUUCAUACUUAUGUCAUUUGUUUUCUGCCUUAAAUAUUAUUUUAUUCUGCAUAAUUAUGAGUGGUUUAUUUUUUAAAUAAAUAUAAAAUUAAAUAGCAAACUAAAUGAAAGACAGUGAAUUGAUUGUAUGCGUAGUUUUGAAAGUAAUACAAGUUUAUAUCAUAACAUUUUAUUUUCUUAAGUAAUGCAUUUGUUGCUGGUUGUAUUAUAUAUAUAUAUAUAUAUAUAGUAUAUAUAUACUAUUACUGAAUGUUAAGGCAGAUUGUAAGUUUUAAUAAGAAUAGAAGCACAUAAAUUCCCUCAAGGUAAUUUGAUAUGCAAUUUUAAGAGAUCAAUGUUUUUUGUUUUUCUUUACAUACAUAUAUUAAUUUACAUGCAUAUGUUUUAUUUAUGUGCAAUAAAUACAUCAAAGCACUA